UCACGCUUUAGCGGGAGUCCGAGUUGUGAGGGAGUACGGAGACCUGCUGGGGUCAAAUGCCUUCAUAGUGCAGACACCAACUGCGACGGUCUGGGAGAGGUUUGAAGUGUUAUCAGACUGCACUGAGCUGCAAUGGAGUCGGGGCAGGAGCGAGUGGUGGCGCUGGUGGAUAUGGAUUGUUUCUAUGUACAAGUUGAGCAGCGCAUGAAUCCGGCACUGAAGAACAAGCCAGUGGCAGUGGUGCAGUACAAAACCUGGAAAGGAGGCGGGAUUAUCGCUGUGAGCUAUGAAGCCCGGGCCUUUGGCGUGACGAGGAACAUGUUUGGUGACGACGCAAAGAAGCUGUGCGCUGAUCUGCAGCUGGCCCGCGUCAGAGAGGCUCAUGGGAAGGCUGACCUGACAAAUUACAGGGAGGCCAGCGUAGAAGUCAUGGAGGUGAUGUCUCGCUUUGCUGUGGUAGAACGCGCCAGCAUCGACGAGGCCUACAUCGACCUGACAGACUCCGUGCAGAAGAGACUGCGAGAGAUGGGAGUGGCCCCUAUACCGGGGGAGCUCCUGAAGACUACAUAUGUGCAGGGGUACCCUCAGUGUGAGCCGGACUGCGAUACCCUAUCAAAAGAGGAACUGCGCCAGCGCGGCUUGGAGCAAUGGCUGGAAUCCCUGCCCAUUGGAGACCCAUGCAGCCCAGAUCUAAAGCUGGCAGUGGGCGCCAUUAUUGUGGAGGAGAUGAGAGCGGCAGUGGAAAAAGAGACCACAUUCCAGUGUUCAGCAGGAAUCGCCCACAACAAGGUGCUGGCAAAGUUGGCCUGUGGCUUAAAUAAGCCAAACCGCCAGACCAUAUUAUGCCAGGGAUCUGUGCCAGGACUGUUCAGUGAGCUGCCCAUCAGCAAGGUCCGGCACCUUGGUGGCAAACUGGGAACCUCCAUCAGGGAAAGUCUUAGUGUGGAGUACAUAGGGCAACUGACCCAGUUCACUGAGCAACAUCUUCAGAACCACUUUGGGGAGAAAACUGGAUCCUGGCUCUACUCCCUGUGUCGGGGAAUUGAAGAUGAACCAGUGAAACCCAGACAGUUGCCGAAAUCCAUCGGGUGCAGCAAGAUCUUCCCCGGGAAAACCGCACUUUCCACUCAAGAGCAGGUCCAGUACUGGCUCCUUCAGCUGUCGCUGGAGUUAGAGGAGAGAUUGCAGAAGGACAGAGACGCUAACCACAGGGUGGCCAAGCUGCUGACGGUGGGUCUGAACCAAUUGGGUAAGCCCCCGUAUGGGGGCAUGUCCCGCUGCUGUGCCCUCACCCAGUACAAUGCCCAGAAGAUCAGCAGCGACGCAUUUGUCGUCUUGAAAUCCUUCAAUUUGGCAGGGAUGCACCAGGCAGCAUGGUCCCCCCCACUCACUCUGCUCCAGCUCUCGGCCAGCAAAUUCUCCCCCACCGCAUUGCCCAGCAGCGGCAUCGCCAGCUUUCUCAGCCAGAAGCCCCCCGGCAGCCAGAAGCCCCCCGGCAGCCAGAAGCCCCCCGGCAGCCAGAAGCCCCCCAGCCCCACUCCCCACGGCUCCGGCGCUACAGAACCGAGCAGCCCUAGAACCCCCAAGACCCAAAGGAAAGACAGAGAGGGUCGACCCCCCAGUGCCAUCCAGCUCCUGUUCCAGCGGGCGGCGGAGAAGAGAGAGGCGGUGCCCCCCGCUGAUGUGCCAGUCUCUCCCCCCAAACAAAACCCCCCAGCCAAUAGGGCAUUUGGAUACCAGGGUUUUUUUAAGCAGCGGACUCCGGAGUCCAGUGAUGCCCGGUCUGAAAUGGGCUCUGAGCCGGACAGGCCGGGGGCAGAUACUGUGAGUGACAGUGUGCCCGGAUCUAUUGCUACAGGAGAAUCCUGCGCUACAGCGCCCCCGGCUGGGCACAGCGAGGAGGACAUGAUGUGCUGUGAGAGGUGCGGCCAGAGGCUGUUAGUGUGGGAGAUGCCGGAACACAUGGACUUUCACUUUGCCCGGGACCUUCAGGACUCGUUCUCUGUGCCCAGCCCCAGCCGGAUGCCCCCAGUACCUGCCCCAGUACUGACCCCUCUAACCCGACCCAAGAACAAAGCUAAAAAGCCUCUGGCCUCCAGUGCCAAGCGCCCCCGGACUGACGCCAACAGGACUCUCCACGCGUUUUUUAAAAGCCCUAAAUAAACACCGUAAAACUGCCCCCCCCCCCCCCCCACUCUGAACCAUUGGGUCAAUGCAAAAUUCAUAUGUGUCAGGCCCCCCCCCCCCCACUUUUAUGUCUCAGUAUCUUAUUGUGAAUUCUCCACAGCUUAUAAAUAUGGUUCAGAUAAGUGUA